AUGAGCGCCCUCAUGCCUGGCGCCAUGGCCAGUCAGGGUAACGAGGAUACUCCUGUCAUCGCCAGGCAAGAUGGAGACGCCGCUGCUACAUCCAUGACCGGUGUUUCCAGAGACGCGGGCGAUGAGAAAGACAGGGACACGCUGGUCGCCUCGGGAGAUAGCGACGGCAUUGACGACCCAGCCGAAGAAAUGGAACGCCGAACCUCGAUAGUCCAGUCCCUGGCGCGCAGUUACUCGAAUACGACUGGUGUUGACCGCAAUCCCUUCUCGGCCUCUGGGGAUUCGGCUCUUAACCCCAAUUCACCCAAAUUCUCUGGCCGUGCCUGGGCUAAGGCCUUAGUUAACCUCGUCUCCCGCAGUGGUGGCACGUUUCGGACUACUGGUGUCGCUUUCCAGAAUCUGAACGUAUACGGCUACGGUCGGUCUACCGACUAUCAAAAAGACGUUUUCAAUAUCUGGCUGAGCGCCGCCAACCUUCUUACCAAACCGACUGGCCAAGGGAAGACGCGUAUCGACAUUCUGCGAAAUUUUGAUGGUCUUGUGCGAAAGGGCGAGAUGCUCGUCGUCCUCGGACCCCCGGGCUCCGGUUGUUCUACCUUCCUCAAGACCAUCGCCGGCGAAAUGAAUGGCAUUUGGGUGGAUGAUGCAUCCUACCUCAAUUACCAAGGAAUCACGCCCAAAGAGAUGCAUUCACAUCACCGUGGAGAGGCUAUCUAUACCGCAGAGGUUGAUGUACAUUUUCCCAUGCUGUCCGUCGGCGAUACCCUAACCUUCGCUUCCCGCGCGCGUCGGCCGCGAACCCUGCCCGAAGGCGUACAGCCAGACACCUUCGCCAACCAUUUACGUGACGUUGUCAUGGCUAUGUUUGGCAUCUCCCAUACUGUUGAUACUCGUGUCGGCAACGACUUCAUCCGCGGUGUCUCGGGAGGCGAACGAAAACGGGUGACCAUCGCCGAGGCUGCCCUGUCCGGUGCCCCGUUGCAAUGCUGGGAUAACAGUACGCGAGGACUGGACUCGGCCAACGCCACCGAGUUCUGUCGGACCCUACGCCUUCAAGCAGAUAUGUUCAACAACAGUGCUUGUGUGUCCAUCUACCAGGCGCCGCAAAGUGCAUACGAUCUAUUUGAUAAGGUGCUUGUUCUUUAUGAGGGCCGACAGAUAUUUUUUGGCGCAACGACGACCGCUCGACAGUAUUUCAUCGACCUCGGUUUCGAGUUUCCUCUACGGGCUACCACACCGGACUUCCUUACGUCCAUGACUAGCCCGCAGGAACGAAUCGUACGCAAGGGCUGGGAGGACCGGGCCCCUCGAACCUCCGAUGAAUUUGCUUACGCUUGGAAAACCAGUGCCCACUACCGUGCCCUGCAAGACGAGAUUGAGGAAUACAAACAGACCCAUCCCCUGGGCGGCGCUGAUGCCGAGGCUUUCCGAGCGUCCAAAAAGGCACAGCAGGCUAGGGGUCAGAGAGCGAAGUCCCCCUACACUCUAUCCUACAUGCAGCAGAUCGAUCUCACCAUGUGGCGUGGAUGGAAGCGUCUUGUCGGCGAUCCGAGCAUUACGCUCAGCUCGCUUUUUGGAAACAUCAUAAUGGGACUCAUUGUCUCCAGUGUGUUUUACAACCUUCAAGAAACGACAGACAGCUUCUUUCAACGCGGAUCUCUCCUUUUCUUUGCUAUGCUUUUGAAUGGUUUCUCAAGCGUCCUCGAGAUUAACACCCUCUACGCGCAACGCCCGAUUGUCGAGAAACACGCGAGAUAUGCCCUUUACCACCCCUCUGCUGAAGCCUUCGCUUCCAUGGCCUGCGAUUUACCAAACAAGAUCCUCAACGCAAUCAUCUUCAACUUGGUCCUAUACUUCAUCCCGAAUUUGAACCGAGAACCAGGAGCAUUCUUCUUCUUUCUCCUCGUCUCAUUCUUUACUGUUCUCAACAUGUCCAUGAUCUUCCGUACUAUUGCAUCAUUGUCUCGAUCCUUGGCGGGCGCUAUGGUUCCCGCAGCCAUCCUGAUCUUGGCAUUGAUCAUGUUCACAGGGUUCGUCAUCCCAAUCGACUAUAUGCUGGGUUGGUCUCAAUGGAUCAACUACAUCAACCCACUGGCGUACGCUUUCGAAGCUCUAAUGUCAAAUGAGUUUCACGGCCGUAACUUCCGUUGCACCAAUUUCGUCCCGGAUCCCGCGGUUGAGGGGUAUGCGAAUGUUAGCAGCAGCAACCGCGUAUGCAGUGCCGUUGGGUCCGUGGCGGGUCUGGACAUUGUCAACGGCGAUGCAUACAUUCGCUCAGCGUUCAGUUACGAAUGGGAGCACCGCUGGCGCAACUUUGGUAUCCUCGUCGCUUUUAUGUUCUUCUUCCUGAUGACCUACUUGGUAGCUGCCGAGCUUGUCUCAGAAAAGAAGUCCAAGGGCGAAGUGCUUGUUUUCCGCCGUCGCCAUAAGCCUGCCGUUUUCAAAGAGAAGCAUAAUGACGAUCCCGAAGACAUCUGCGUCGGUCCUGUUACUACGAUAGACCGCAGUCGCGGUAACGGUAACGGUCUCAUUGAGGAGCAGAAAUCAGUUUUCCAUUGGAACAACGUCUGCUACGAUAUCCAAAUCAAGGGAGAAACUAGGCGAAUUCUGGAUAAUGUCGAUGGUUGGGUCAAACCUGGCACCUUGACUGCUCUAAUGGGCGUCUCGGGAGCAGGCAAAACAACACUGCUGGAUGUUUUGGCCGAUCGAAAGUCUGUGGGCGUUAUUACCGGAGACAUGUUCGUGGACGGGUAUAGUCGCGAUGCGUACUUCCAACGCAAAACGGGCUACGUUCAACAACAGGACCUACAUCUGCAAACCAGCACCGUCCGAGAGGCACUCAACUUCAGUGCACUUUUACGCCAGCCAGACCACAUUCUUAGACAGGAGAAGCUUGAUUAUGUUGAAGAGGUGAUCAAGCUACUUGACAUAGAGGAGUUUGCCGAUGCGAUUAUCGGUGCCCCUGGAGAGGGCCUCAAUGUUGAGCAGCGCAAACGUCUUACUAUUGGUAUUGAGCUCGUGGCAAAACCACCUCUGUUGCUUUUUGUCGAUGAGCCCACAUCGGGUCUGGAUUCACAGACGUCAUGGGCUAUUCUGGACCUCCUUGAAAAGUUGACGAAGAGUGGUCAGGCUAUCCUGUGCACUAUCCAUCAGCCUUCAGCCAUGCUCUUUCAACGAUUCGACCGCUUACUCUUCCUCGCUAAGGGUGGCAAGACCGUUUACUUUGGCGAUGUGGACAAGAUGACGUCUUACUUUGAACAAAAUGGUGGCUUCCCUUGCCCCCAGGAGGCCAAUCCGGCAGAAUGGAUGCUACAAGUGAUUGGUGCUGCCCCAGGUUCCAGCACUGAUAUUGACUGGCACGACGCUUGGAGAAACAGUCCGGAAUAUCAGUCUGUUCAGGACGAACUGAAACGUCUCAAGGAUGAGCGAAAUCCUCAGCCUAGUACUUCCGAGGAUCCAACCAGCUAUCGCGAAUUCGCUGCCAGCUACAUCACCCAGCUGAGGGCGGUUACAUUCCGGGUUUUCCAGCAGUAUUGGCGCACGCCCACUUAUAUCUAUUCGAAAGCAGCGCUGUGCAUAACCGUCGCCCUCUUCGUCGGCUUCUCGUUUUUCAAGGCACCGAACUCAAUUCAGGGUCUUCAAAACCAGCAGUUCUCUAUUUUCUCCAUGCUCAUCAUAUUCAGUCAGCUUGCACAACAAACCAUGCCCCACUUCGUGACCCAGCGGUCCCUCUAUGAAGCACGAGAGCGUCCGUCAAAGAUUUACAGCUGGCAAAUCUUUAUGCUCAGCCAAAUCAUUGUGGAAUUGCCAUGGAACAGCUUCAUGUCAGUUUUCAUGUAUCUUUGCUGGUAUUAUCCUGUUGGACUUUACAGAAACGCGGAACCAAUGGACCAAGUAAAUGAACGAGGUGCCUUGGUGUUCUUAUAUCUGCUCGUCUUUCUUCUUCACGCCUCGACCUUUACCGACCUCAUUAUUGCCGGAUUCGAGGCUGCUGAAGUGGCAAUGAAUAUCUUUAACCUCUUUUUCACGCUGUGCCUGGUCUUCUGCGGUAUUCUCGCCAGCCCAGACGACUUCCCUCGCUUCUGGAUCUUCCUGUAUCGCGCAUCACCAUUCACCUAUUUCGUUUCCGGUCUGCUCUCUUCUGCGGUUGCGAACACAAACGUCGUCUGUGCCGACAACGAGUUGCUGAGCUUUGACCCACCGGCGGGUCAGACUUGUGGCGAAUACAUGGCUGCUUACAUUGAUACCGCUGGUGGCUACCUCCAGGAUCUAAAUGCCACAGCAAAUUGCCAAUUCUGCACCUUGGACGAUACCAAUAUAUACCUUGCAGGUGUCAGGGCACCUUACUCGGAAAGGUGGCGCAAUCUUGGCAUCCUGUUGGCUUAUAUCGUUGCCAACGUAUUCGGAGCCUUGGCGCUUUACUGGCUUGCACGCAUGCCUAAGAAAGGUGGGCUAUUUGGCAAGAAGAAGAAGGAUUAA